GACCUCGCUGGAUCUCGAUUCGAACACGUUGGUUGAUGAUUUCAGCCACGUCGUCGUGUACACGGUGUCCGAGCUGGUCGAGCAGACGACACCGGCCUUUGCUGAAAUCGUCGAUAAGGGUCUCACAGCUAGGGAGGCAGUGUUCCAAGACCUAGACCUGGAUGCUACGGACAUCGGAGGGCCGUUGGCAUGGAAUUUGACGGGGAACACGUCAGACUUGACGCAGAUCACGCAUUAUGCCAUCUACUUCGGCUGGGUGGAAGUGAUCUACGGGACUGCGAGCUCAACGACCACGAACAUCACGAACAUGUCGGAGGAAGAGUCUGUUGCUCCGAUCACGUCCACCACAGUGACCACGGUGACAGUAUCCACCAUAACAAGUACUUCGACAAGCACUGUGCCAGCCACUACAGUCAACGGCGCUGAUGACUCGGACGCUCCUGACAUAAGCGACGGCGCCAACCAGUCAGAUGACGACACGGGGUCCGUCAAUGAAUCCAAUGACAGCGAUGGCAACAUCUCCAAUGCCAGCGAAACAAGCGACUUCUACAAUGCAUCGCCAGAGACACCUGCUGAGCAGCAGGAUGGCAUGUGGCGCCUCCAGGACGAGGACAAUGAAAGUUACAACGAAAGUAACGACAGCAACUGGACCAACUUCUCGUUGCAGGUGGGGACAACGAGCACACUGCCCACCACCAUGACCUUGACAACGUCACUGGUCUACGUCAGAGGGCGAUUCAUCGAGGAGAUCUCGGCCUUCACUGGCGACCCUCCCGCGAUUCUCACCACCUACUUUCUGUCGGCAGAAGCUUUGCUGUCCAUGGCCAUUACAAUUGGCUGCUCUGGGUCCGGAUUGGUCUUGUGA